AUGGACGACCUCGUGACGGUGAAGACCAACAAGAUUCCUAAGCCUAGACCUCUGCAAGCUGCAAGUGUCCCUGGACUCCUUGGUAUGUUUCAGAAUGAGUGGGAUGCUCUCAUGCUGUCUAAUUUUGCUUUGGAGCAGCAGCUACAUACAGCAAGACAAGAGCUCAGUCAUGCGUUAUACCAGCAUGAUGCUGCUUGCCGUGUUAUCGCCAGACUAAAGAAGGAAAGAGAUGAGUCUAGGACACUUUUGGCUCAAGCUGAAAGGCAGAUUCCUAUUUCAGCUGCAGGACCUGCGCCUGUAGCUGCUGUUACAAAUGGGAAAAGAGGUUUUCACCAUUCUAACAUGUCAAAACCUAACCUUUUUGUCUGUUCUGCUCUAAUCCUCUUUCCUGGAUACACAGCUUUGGAAGAUGAAGUGGGUCCUGAUGGGAAGAAGAUACGUCCUGGUAUUAAUCCUGUCAUCAUCGAUGAAUUAACAGAAUGCAAUUCUGUGCUCUCAGCACAGCGCAAGAAACGGCAGGUACCUCCAAGUUUAGCACCAAUUGAUGCACUUGAAAGAUAUACUCAGAUCUCCAGUCAUCCACUUCACAAGACGAACAAACCAGGGAUUUUAUCUAUUGAUAUUCAUCAUUCAAAGGAUAUUAUUGCUACUGGGGGUAUCGAUACAAACGCAGUUCUUUUCGAUAGGCCAUCGGGUCAAGUAUUGUGCACUCUUACUGAUCACUCAAAGAAGAUUACGGGUUUGAAAUUUGUUCCCCGGGAUGAGCUUUUGAUAACGGGAUCAGCAGAUAAGACUGUCCGUGUAUGGCAAGGUAAUGAAGAUGGAAGCUAUGGUUGCAGGCACACAAUGAGAGAUCAUGGUGCAGAGGUUGAAGCUGUCACGGUCCAUGCUAGUCAGAAAUACUUUGCAACUGCCUCCAGAGAUAACACAUGGUGCUUUUAUGAUAUUUCAACAGGGUCUUGCCUCACACAGGUUGGCGAGGCUUCUGGACAAGAUGCAUACACGUCAGCAGCUUUCCACCCGGAUGGUCUUAUCCUUGGAACAGGCACGUCAGAAGGUGUUAUCAAAAUUUGGGAUGUAAAAUCUCAGACAAGAGUUGCAAAGUUUGAAGGGGAGGUUGGGCAUGUUGGAACAGUGACUGCUAUGUCCUUCUCAGAAAAUGGAUAUUUCCUAGCGACCGCGGCCCUUGAUGGUGUGAAGUUUUGGGAUCUACGGAAGCUGAGAAAUUUUAGGACCCUCUCUCCAUACGAUCCAGAAUUCUGUGGAGUUUGA